AUGAGGUGUCUGCAAUCGUUCUGGACGUUCGUCCUUAUAUCUCUGGAGGCCACAACAUCGACAGCGAUCUCGAUAGAUCUAAGGGCAGUCGCACCUGGUACAGCCGGACCAGUAAUCCCAUACGCAGACAACUAUACCACUCUAGCAAGCGGAGUCAGAAUAUACGGGACGCCUUCCCUUGCCUUACUCUCAGGGGAAACAACCUCAGACGGCAAUGGACUGAGCGAAAGAGGCGAUGUGAGCCUGUCUCCUGGGGGGGAAAUCAUGGCACAACGAGACACUGCCGACUGGUGCAUCAACGAAGUCUAUGAUAAUCAAGGAUCGGACAAUUCACCGCUCAUAAGCGACUGUCAAGCUGUCGCGAAGCAGGUGUACGCGCUGGUCGGUAACAACAAAGCCUAUUUCGGCAGGUCCGAGUGUAAUCCAGAUGCCGCUGGCCAGUUCACCUGCUAUUUCCCCGUCGUUUCCUUCCAGACUUGCAUGUUCGGCGUCAGCACCAUAAGUUCCGGCCCAAGCAUCUCUGUCCGCGUAGGCUGGCAGGAUGUUGGCGACAUAAUCAUGAGCAGCAUCAGUCAAUUUGGCAAUAAGCCUGUCUCAGGCAAGGUUGGCAGCUCCGGGGAGAUGCAAUGCCCGGACGAGGGCACUGGCAAAGCUUCGUUGUUUGCGACGGCUUGGGGACUUUACCAUUCGUGA